UCCAAAACAGUGCUUAUGGUGGGCCUUUUGCUGAACUCGGAAGCAUUCUCUGGAGUGUGUGGUGUGGUGUUGCUGUUUCUACACUUACCACUGCAACUCUCUUCUUUCUUCUGCAUUUCUCAGCUUAGCCCCCCCACGUCGCUUUCACUUCCCGGAAACCCAACUUCAUCAUCAAAAUUUCAUAUCACACACACAGAUAGAUAGAUAGAGUGUGUGAGAGAGAGAAAUUGCAAAAAAAGAAAAUGAGUGAAGAACUGAAAAAGAACUUUGCCGGACCCCCAACGGCGAGGCUCAACGCCGAUGACCGGAAACCGUUACCGGCACCGGCCGUUCCCCCGAAGAAGGUCAUCAUCAAGAGCGCCGACAUGAUCCCCGACAUGCAGAAGGAGGCCGUUGAUAUCGCCGUCGCCGCCUUUGAGAAGUACAAUGUGGAGAAAGAUGUUGCGGAGCAGAUAAAGAAGGAGUUCGAUAAGAGGCAUGGCCCCACUUGGCAUUGCAUCGUUGGUCGUAAUUUUGGCUCAUAUGUGACUCAUGAAACAAACCACUUUGUUUAUUUCUAUUUGGAUCAGAAAGCGGUUUUACUCUUCAAAUCUGGCUAGCUUUAUUGUGGGCAAACAUGUUGAGAAAAAUGGGAAUUAUAUUGUGAUUGUACUGCUGCAUGCAGUCCCCCUUGUAUUAAGUCCACUGACAUGCAAAAUCUUUGUUGGACAUUCUUGUUCUUGUAUAUUUGAUGUCAUGUAAACCAGUUCUUGGUUUGGAUACAUACAUCCAUAUAUAUAUAUAUAUAUAUAUAUAUAUAAGGAUUGACUUAGAAGGAUUUUCAAAAAAGAAGAUAUUAUAUCUUAAAAAAGAAAUCUUUCUGAAGCAUGCACUGAAA